AUAUAUAUAUAUCUAAUAACUGAUCCAACGGCUGCUACUUGAGAACGCCUCCCUCCAUGACAAUACCAGUCUCUGGUCAUUGAAGUGCUCCUCCUCCAUCAGUAGCGACGAGUAGCUUUGAACAAUCUUUGCUGCAAUUUCUGCUACUACCUACCGGUUGGACUGAUUUUCGGUACUUAAGUCUGUAUUGGGUUUGGGUUUUGGUUGUGGAAAGUCGCAAACAAGAAAGCAGCCAUGGAUGUUGAUUCACAGCCAUCUAUGGAGGAAACUAUUAUGGUCGGCGAUGACCUGAUGACAGGCCCACCAUCACCAGUUAUUCCACCCGAAAUUGCUUCUCAUGUGCUUGAAGGUGUUGACUUGUGUGACGGGGUUUUGAGGAAUCUAUUUUUGUGCCUGCAAAUCAAUGAUAUUGAGCCCUUCUGUCAAGAUGAGCUUGUUAUGUAUAAACAGUGCGCUGAAAAAAGGGAUAGGGAACUAAGAAAACGACUUCAGGACAGUGAGCGCAAACUAGGGUUAUCAAUGCCUUUAAAUGAAGCAAAGGAAAGAGCUUCUCAACUCGAAAAAGAGGUCACAUCAUUAGAUAGGCGUUUGAUUCUUGCUAGUGGACUUGAAGGCAUAGACGGAUUUCGCCAGAGAUGGAGUUUGCAUGGUCGCCUUACAGAUACCAAGAAAAGGUUAGAGUCCUUGAAGCAGGGAAUGGAAAGCAGGAAAAAGGACUAAGCUAGCGAGUAGCGGGGCACAUGACUAUAGUAAUAUGGUUCUCCCGGUCAAGUUUCAUGCUGCAUUUGUGGAAAUCGACCUGUCGGUGUGCCUAAUGUGGGUGUGUCUAAUAUUCUUAUCAUGUACUCAGUUUCGAAGGAUUCAUAUUUAUUAGAAAAUCUUGUGCUCUUGAAUGAUU